CCAAAGGAGCACUCUCUCCACUGGAAUUGCAGGCUCUUUCUUCCCCAAUUUGUGAUCGAAGAGAGUGAAGAAAAUGGCGAUCGGUCAGUUCAAGGCAGAGACUUUGUUCGAUUUGAUGAAGCAUCACUUUGAAACCGAAGAGGGUAAACAACUUUGCAAGAAAGUUAAUCUCGUUUACCAGAUCAAUCUCGCACCCAAGAAAAUUGGGAUCGAUGAGGUCUGUUAUACUAUUGAUCUGAAGAAUGUGAAGGUCUUCAAAGGAACAUUGGAAGGAGAAGAAAAGCCUGAUGCCACAUUUUCCUUCAAGGAAGAUGAUUUUGUCAAAAUUGCAUUUGGAAAGAUGAAUCCCCAGAUUGUUUUCAUGAGGUUGGUUUACACCUCUUAAUUUUUCUAAGUCAAAUUGAUCAAAG